GUCGGCCAAUCAGAAACAGCCUCAUUGACUGUGCGUAUGACGUAGCCCUGGUAGCUCGCUAUCUGGACUGCUAACCAAGCUAACAAGAUGGAUUCUCCCAUACUGGAACCAUCCUUAUACACUGUUAAAGCAGUUCUGAUUCUGGACAACGAUGGAGACAGGCUUUACGCCAAGUAUUAUGAUGACACAUACCCGACAGUGAAGGAACAGAAGGCGUUUGAGAAGAACAUAUUCAACAAAACACACAGGACAGACAGUGAGAUCGCUUUACUCGAGGGUCUUACUGUUGUUUACAAGAGCAACAUAGACCUCUUCUUUUAUGUGAUUGGAAGCUCACAUGAAAAUGAGCUCAUGCUCAUGGCUGUUCUAAAUUGCCUUUUUGAUUCGCUCAGUCAGAUGUUGAGGAAAAAUGUUGAGAGGAGGGCGUUGUUGGAGAAUAUGGAGGGACUCUUCUUGGCAGUGGAUGAGAUUGUGGACGGAGGGGUGAUCCUAGAGAGUGACCCGCAACAAGUUGUGCACCGUGUGGCUCUCAGAGGGGAUGAUGUGCCUUUGACAGAGCAGACGGUCACCCAGGUUCUUCAGUCUGCCAAAGAACAGAUCAAGUGGUCGCUUCUACGAUAGAGUCACCCGAGCACCAGUCUACCAGUGAGCCGCUGUUCAGCCCAGUCUUCACGGCACUGAUCUUUUUCCCUUUUCCACUUCUUUAUUCAAAGCUGUGAGGAGUACCACUGGCAGAUCCAGUCACACUCCCAGAACUACUCCUUUAUAUGGUUUAAUUUUCCAAUUCCUUUAUUUUCUUCGUGCAUUCUAUGACAUAAUCCACUUGAUGAUAAGAUAUGGUGUACAUUCCAGUUUCAGGCUUGCCUGUUUUGUUAUAUUUGUUUUUUAAUUACAGAACCUGGGUGCUUCUUAAUCCAGUUUAUUAUGCUGUAAAACUCUGCGACAACAUUCCUUGUAUCCCCAGGAACAAGAAUUGUAUCCGAUUUGAUAUCUAUCUGUCACCUCCUCCAGAUCACUGCAGUGGGUAUCAUGGCUUUAUCUCCGUCACUCAGUAUACAUGAAUAUUGUUCUUAAAAAGUGUACAAGUAGUACUCUAGUCAAACCACUGAUCACAGGUUCUACUGCAUUGACUUUGUCCGGAGAUCUUCCAUCAUCAGAUAUUAUUAAUAAAUGUUUAUUGACACUG